AUGUCUUUGAAAUGUGAGCAAAAGCAAUGCAAAGUUAUUCCAAGUUUUAUAUGUGCAUGCUCAUUGAAAGGGCAUUUAUUUUGUAAGGUGCAUAUUAUUGAGCAUAUAGAAAGCUUUCCAGGCCUUCAGCAUAAAGGGGUGUCUUUAUUCUUUGAUAAUUCUGCUAAAAAUAUUUGCAAAUUUGAGGACAUCCGACCUAGAAAAGGCAGCAUUUAUAUAAAGACAGAUGAUAAUAUCGAUCGAUCUUUAAAUUCUGCCAUCAAUUAUACUGGAAUAAUUAUUCAAUCUCUGAAUGUUUACAAUCGAAAAUUCCCUUUAGGCGAUUCAGCAACUCUAGAGUCACAGAAUUUAUUGCUAAGUACUCAAUUCCUAUCCCCAUCUCCCAUAACUACUUUCCAAGACCUUUUCUAUAAAAUUUCUAUAGUUCUCGCUACUCAUAUUCUUCGAAUAGGAGAUAUUUCUUCCCUCAAAGCAAGCUAUAUCAAUAAAAUCAAUUUUAUAAACCAGAAAGAAAUUUUAAAAUACUUUAAAAGCUUAGGAACUGAAGAAUUACAAGAUAAACUACUUAACAUUACUUUAGAGUCAAGAGAGCAUAAAAGCAUAAAAUAUGCUUCCAGUAACGCAAUAACAAUCUUAAAUUAUUCCAAAUAUAAAUUCAUUGAUAAAGAUUUGCAUGGCAUCAAAAUUAAAGGCGCAGAUCUCUCAGAAGCACUCAUAAUAAAUUCUAAUUUCCAAGGAAGCAAUCUCAAAAGGGUGGAUUUUUCUUUCGCAAAUAUUUAUGAUACAAAUUUCAAGGACUGUGAUUUGGCAGGUGUGUGAUUCGGGCAGUAUCCUCCAUUUAAAAAUAGAUAAUAAUUAUAGCUAAUGCAAGCAUACCUACUGAUAACUGCUAUUAUAUUUUUAUAUAAAUAGAAUAGCGACUAAUUGAAAGAAUGCUAAUAAUCAUUCAAAUAGAUAUAAUAACUGACUGGAAUACCACUUUUGCCUGAAAUAAGGACUACUUGGCUUAUAUUGAUGAUAAUGUUGCAUUUUUGCAAGACAUUAAGAGCGGGUGUGUUUUUAAAGAAUUCGAACAUAAAGAAGUGAUAAAAGUAGCUGCUUUAUCAAAGGACGGAUCACUGCUUGCAAUUGCUGAUAAAUGUAAUAUACUUCACAUAUGGGACAUUAUGAAUGACAAUAAAUUAACAGAGCUGCAAGGACCCUCACAUUGAGUGACUUCUAUUGCAUUUUCUCCGAAAGGAGGUUUAGUCGCUGCUGGAAGUCGUGAUGGCUUCUUAAGAAUAUGAAAUAUUGCUACAAGCUCAAUGAUGAGUUCAUUCAGCUAUUAUUAUGUUAUAUUUUCAGUUGAAUAUUCUGCUUGUGGCGAAUAUAUUGUUCUUGGCACUUCUAUCUCUUUAGUGCCAGUUGUAUAUGCUGAAGAUAUAAAAAUAACUAAAUGCAGGUUCAAUCAUCCACGAACUGCAACAGUUGCCUCAUUUUCUCCAUGCACUAGAUAUGUAAUAACUGAUUGUGAUGAUUUAAAAUUCAGAAUAUGAGAUAUAGAAACAGGAGACCUUAUAAAAUCAAUUAAAACGAGUUUUUCCUGACCUAAUAGCCUUUUUAGCCUCGCAUUACCAUAUGUAGGUUUCGAAUUACGAACCAUACCACUUUUGAAAUGUUUAGCAAAAAAUGGGCAAGUAGAAAUAAAGUGGUUCAAUGAGGCAUUAUUCAAUAAGCACUAUUUAUCAUUUUCUCCCGAUGGAAAUUAUGUAACUACAAAGAAAAGAAAAAAUUAUAUAGAGAUUUGAGACGCAAAAGCUUUAGAAAAUCAUUCUUUUCCUUAUAAAGAAAUUACCUCUAUAUCUUUUUCCUAUGAUGGGAAAUAUAUGGCAUAUACAGAUGCUUCAAAAUCAAUAAAAAUCCAAAAUAUCGAAAAAAAUAUAAAUAUUGUAAAGCUUAAAGGCCACCAAGCUAUAGUUUGGUAUGUGAUUUUUUCUAAAGUAUCGUAUAUUUUGGUUUCUUUAUAUGUGGAUAACAUAGUGAUUAUCUGAGACACUUUAAAUCAAUAUCCUUUAAGCGAAAUUGAAAUUAAAGAUCAAGUGACAGCUCUUGAUCUAUCUUUUGAAAACAAUUUUAUUGGGGUUGGGCUAUUAAAUGGAAAUAUUAAGGUAAUAAAUACAAACAAUCUAUCAGAUAGUUUUUCUUUAAUGCACAAAGGAGUGAUUACUUGUAUCAAAUUUUCUCCAUGUGAAAAUUUUAUUGCAGCCGCCAGUAAUGAUAGAAAAUUUAAUUUGUGGAGAAUUAAUAAAAAAAACUAUGUGAGUUUUGGCAGAAAACGCAUGAAGGAGGUUUCUUACAUAUGUUUUGCUAAAUCAAGAAAUUAUUUGGUUUCAGCUCAUAUAAAUGGUGAUAUCAUUUUUUGAGAUAUUAAUACUCAACAGCAAGUUAUGAAAGUGGAAACAAAAGGAGGGAUUAUAAGAUCAAUAGCAUUAUCUCCAUGUGAAAAUUACUUGGUUGCUGGGUUUUUUGAUGGCUUUGUAAGAGUGCUGGGCACUUUGCAAGGAAAUAUAAUCAAAUCGCUCCUAUAUCAUCGUAAAUCUGUUUGUUCAGUUGAAUUUAUAAAUAGUGAAAAGCUACUAUUUGCAUCUGCGAGUAUUGAUGCUACAAUUAACUUUUGGAGAAUCUAA